AUGGCGGCCGCCGCAACGAGGGAGACGGUCAUGUCGGACCUCCCUGACGACUGUCUCGCCUCCGUCCUCUCCUUCCUGCCUCCCGCUCUCAUCGCCCGCUCUGCCUCGGUCUGCUCGGCUUGGCGCGCCGCAACCGCGUCCCCGGUGGCGUGGCAGCGCGUGCUGCCGGACCUCUGCCGCCACGCCUGCUUCACCGCGCUGCCGCUCGCCUCCCGCCAACCCCACCCGCGCGCGUGGUGCCGCGAGCUGUGCCGCGGAGUUCUGCUGGACGGCGGGGUGUUCCACGCGCGCAUGGACCCCCGAACCGCCAAGCUCACGGUGAGCGUGAGUAUAUCGAAGGCGUGUGGGGUUACGUGGAUGGGCGACCCUCGCUACUGGCACAUGGAGACGCGGGGUAACACCACUGGCGCGGUGUUUCCCGACGUGCCGCAUCUGCUCCGGGUGUGCUGGUUCGAUGUCAACGGACACGUGGCGCUACCGUUCCCGCUGCGCUGCGGGGUGUACGACAUGGCAUGGCGCGUCUCCCGCGACCCGACGCAAAAAGAGUACUCCCGCGCAGCAGGCGAGCAGCAGAGGCAUGCGGGGCGGUGGGAAAAAAUGGGGGAAGAGAGUGAUGACGACGACGAUGAAGACGAGGAGGAGGAGGGCGAGGAGGGUGGCGAGGUGGAGUUAGAGGGAGGGGCGAGAGGGGUGCAUGACGGAGAGGGGCCAGCAGGUUGGAGGGGAACGGCCGAAGCAACGAAUGUCUCGCACGUGGGCGGUGGCGGUGGCGGUGCAGAAAACCCGUUCCACCACAUGGUGGGGUUCAUGCGACGGCUGAUAGGGCGGGAUCGGGGCCAGCACAGCAGAGAGCAGCAGCAGGCCUGGGAGCGGAGGAGGGAAGCGUGGAGGCGAGUGGAGAAUCGGUGCUGGUUCAAUUGGGUGGGGCAACCUGCAUUGAGCAACGUGAGGGAGGAGGGGAGUGCUGGGGGAGGGGGAGGCGAGCAGAGGCGGCUGCGAAUCUCCGCUGCCACCAUCGCCAUGCUGCCUGACUGGACCACCCUGCCUGCCGGCCGUGUGACCAUCAGGGGGGCAACGGCAGCGGAGACGGCAGUGGCUCCCACGCUGAGUAUGCGCCUGUGGGAGACGGAGAGCACGUUCCAGCCAUUCACGCCUCAAGCAGUCGGCUCCAUCGCGCUCCCAUUGGAAACCCUCUCCUCCGAUUUCUUCCUUUCUCCCGCCGCGACCGCCGGCGCAAGCCGCGCGAUAAACGGCGGGUGGCCCUUAGAGGGCGCGGUCGUGUGGGACGGCGCAACCUCGCAGACACCACCACCUCUACCUUCCGCCCAUUAUCCGUCCCCCGCUUACCCAUCGCCGGCGUACCCAUCACCCGCCGCUUACCCAUCAUCGGCCGCAGCGUACCCAUCGCCCGCGUACCCAUCCUCCGCGUUCUGGUCGCCGACGGGCCUGUCGCCUGGCUCCGCAGCCGCCGCUUUCGUGCAAUCCAUCAACGCGCACUCCAUAAACGUCGCUUGCUUCUAUGGCGGCGGAUCGUCUGAGUCGCCCCUGUCCCUCCCCACGGGUAUUGACUUCGCAGCGUCCUUUCAUCCCGCUUAUCCUCUCGACCAUGAGUCCCCGUUUCAGCGGUAUGCUGCGGUGUGUGAACCCUCUCACCAGCCCGCUCGCUCCUCCCAGGACCUUCCUGUGGAGGGAGAGGGAGGAAGUGAGGGAGCAGAAGGUGGGGGAGUGGAAGGUGGGGGAGUGGAAGGUGGGUCGGGGGAAGGUGAUACGCUGGAGUGUGGCGAAGCAGAGGGGUUUGAGCUCGCGUGUGGCGGAGGUGACAGGGAGGAGUGCGGGGACGAGGAGGAGGAGGAGGAAGUGGGGGAAUAUGAGAGGGAUGGAGAAGAAGACGGGGGCAAGGGGGAGGUAGCGGGUGCCAUGGUUGCUUGUUCCUCCCUUGCUUCUGCCUCCCUUGCUUCUGCCCGUCCAGAGCAACUCAUCGUUCUGCCCACCUCAGGGCUGAUCCACGUGCAGACACCCGUGGUGCCCACAUCGCUGCCAUUCACACUGCAAGACAUGAAUGUCAAGUUCAGGGACGUGGCAGCAGGCACGGCGAGAGUGGUCACGCCUAUGGGUCACGCAGCUGCCACUUGCCACGGAUGCUCCGUGCUCGACCGCCUGCUCCACACCAACGGUCUGUACGACACACGUCUGGAGGUGCAUAUGGGGGCAGGUAGCGAUGCAGACGUGCACGCCGUGCUGCUCACACGCUUCAGCUCCCACGUGCCACAGCCACAGCCACAGCAGCCACAGCAGCAGCAGCAGCCGCAGCAGAAUCAGCCACAGCCACUGCCGCUGCCUCUGGGCAUGGUGGUUUCUGAGACGCCCAAGACAGAGAGCACCACCGAAUCCGGCCUGGUUUGCAUCUCCUCGGUCACCGGCUCGGGGCAGCAACAGGCGGAGGGAGGGGCGAGGCGAGGCGCGGAGCGGAAUGGCAGCAGCAGCAUGAGCAACGCCGUGUGGAGUGCUAACGGGUGCCAUCCCCGGCCUGUGGUCCGUUACGAGCACAAUAGCCGCAGCAGGAGCUGUAAGGGAGGGGCAUUGACCGAGGUGGGGGAAGAAGGGGAGGGAGAGGAGGGUGAGGAGGAAGGGGGAGAUGGGGCGGAGAGGGUUGAAGGAGAGGAAGAGGGAGAAGAGGAAGGGGAUGUAGAAGAGGAGGCGGAGGGUGAGGAGGAGGAGGGGGAGGAGGAGGAGGAGGAGGGAGCCACUAACCUCUCAACCAGCACCAGCCCCCAACCUCUUGCCUUCAAACCAAACCCUUUUGCCCUCUCCGCCUCCAAUAUUGGA